GGCCCAUCAUAGGAAGCAAGCUUCCUUCCCCGCUGGUUAUGGCGGGUACGUGCGGCUCCGCUGUCUCUUUCUCUAUUCAUUGCAACAAAUUCGCCAUUUGCAGCACCAAGCCAUUGCUUUCAGUUUCAGCUUCCAUUUCCAUUUCAUCUCGUUCGAGGCUCACAAGAAGAAAAAAUCACUUGCGAAUCAAAAUCCUCAAAACCCUAACUAAACCUCUUACGUUCACUGUCUCUCCCAUUCCUCCGCAAAUCGACUCUGAAACUCCGAUCGUAUCGCCGGAAAUCUCAGGUCCUGCAGGCGUCGAGACCGAGGUGUUAUCUCCGGUGGAAUGUUGCCCUUCCUCCACUUCCACGGACGGUGAAUCUCGACUCUCCGAGAGCUCGGACACUGCCUCGUUGUAUAACUUUGAUGUUGCCAACUUUUCUUUCGGAAGUUUUGUCAGGUUUGGCGUUUACUUGCUUGCUCUUUUUGCGUUUCAGACAAUCUGUACUGUGUGGGUUUUAGAUUAUGGUAAUUCAAUUAAGGAAGAUAAGAACUCAGAUAAAGAUUUGAGUAUUAGAAGCAAAAGCGUAAAAGAAGUGUUGUUGAAUGGAAAUGAGAGAAUCGUUCUUGGAAAUUUCGGGUCUAAAACGAACGAGUUGGUUUAUUUGGACGAAUCGAAGAUGAGAGACAAAAUUGAAGAGAUCAGGUUGUUGGCUAGGAAAGCAAGGAAAGAGGAGAAAUAUCAAAAACCUGAUGAUUUAGGGGAGGGCGACAUGGAGGGUAGAAAUGUAAUUUCAAGGGCUAGGAUUGGUAUUGAUAAAGAGAUUGAUGCACGACUUGUUAAGUUACAGAAGAGGCUAAAUUCUAACAAAGAUAGGCUACCGGAUUCACCUGUAAAUUUUUUGUUCAAGUCUGAGAAUGUUGAGGAAGCUGCCAAAAGGAAUGAUUUCAAUGAUGAAGAAGAACGGAAUAAGAGUCUAAUAUAUAAGAAAAAGUUGCAAUUCAGAAACUCUAAUGGUGAUAGAAUGAAGAAGCCUAAGGGGUUUCAAGGAUUUGUUUCUAAUGUUAAAAAAAGUGGCUCAAAUGGCAAGGCUAUUAACAAGGGAGUGAAGGAUGCCGAAAAGCGAGUAGCUAACGAAAUCAAGUAUAACGAUCCCAAGAUGUUCAAAGACGAUAGCACGAAUUUGGGCAGCGACAAAUCUGUAUUGCUACAGAAAAACGAUGGAACGAAUUUGGAUCUUGAUAUUAAGGGUUCGAGUUCAAAGAAGAAAUCAAGUAAUGGUGCCGUUCAGGGGACUUCUUCAGUGGAGAUCUCGAAGUCACAGAAUUUAAAAGAUGUAGUGGAGAAAAGAUCUCCUUCGAGGGCUGAUUCAUGGUGGAUGAAUCUUCCUUAUGUUCUAGUUAUUUUUAUGCAUGGAGGUUCCGAAGAUGAAGAACAUGGAGGACUUUUCACCUUAAGGGUUCCUUCCAAGACACAGGAUAGUGAGGAAUAUACUACAUAUACAGUUGCUUUUGAACACCAUGUUGAUGCAAAUAACUUCUGUUAUCUUCUGGAAUCAUUCUUUGAAGAGCUCGACAAUUUCACAACCGACGUCGUUCCUCUGCCAACAAAAGAACUCGAGAAGGUCAUAAAAUCACAUACAAGUAAAAUGAUUGUUGUGAAGAAGGGGCAAUUGCAGCUCUAUGCUGGUCAACCGUUUGCCGAUGUCGAGAUGGCUUUGUAUGCAUUAGUCGAGCGAAAUGAGAAUGUUAUUUCUUUUCAUUCGAGAUAGGGACGAUCGGUGUCACGGUCAAUCUGUUGCAAAUGCAGCCAGGGAACCGUACCGAAGAUGGGGAAAAUUUGAUAUGGAAUGUAGGCACCAUUUCCUUGGAUUCCAUGGUUAUCUAAAAUUAGACCAGGAGAGUUGAAUUUAGAAUUGAAUUUUCACUUCACCCCACAUGGCUUUUCUUCUUAAUGUAUGAUGUCUUGAUAUUUUUCUCUUUCUUCAUAGAAAUCUUGGUUUCUUAGAUGAUGAGUGUAAGUUUCAACCCCAA